GCCUGCCCCGUGUCAAGCUCUGUGAAGCACUUUAUCUGCGUGAUCACAUUUAUUCUUCAUGAAUCUCUAGGGUAGUUUUAUCCCUUCUUUAUAGAUCAGGACACUGAGUCUCAUGAUAAGUAAGUCCCCUGAGGUCACGCCGCUUCAGGACCUGUGAUUGGGAUACAAAUUGACUGCUGUGGCCAGGUCUUCACCACUCGUUUCUCAACUGGCUAGAUGGAAGAGGCCUGAGACUACAGACCAAGGGCUUUGCCUUAGGCAUCUGGCAGAACACAGUGCUUACUGCUGAACUGGGCAGUGGAUCCUGGAAAUACUGGGGUGGUGCCUGCCAGAAGGUAGGAAAGUGGCCAGAGUGGUUGCAUGUGGCUCAUAGGACUUGAUCGGGCAUCUGAGAUUUGCAUUCUUCCUCAGACCCAUGCUGGGCAGAAGGUAGAGUUUAGCGUCUAUACAAAUGCCCUCUAAUCUGCUCUAAAUGAUGGCGCUUGGGAGUGGGUACUGACCGUGCUGCUGGGAGGAGUUCAGGGAUGGGCUGAGGCGAUGCACGUGGAAGUCGUACCUUGAGCCAAACCACAGAACAGAAAAUUGGAGCAGAAUUACACAAAUCAAGGUCAGAAAUUUCCCGUCCAACCCACAGGGUGGAGUUUUCGCUAUUCCUAUCCAUCCUCCUGAAUAUAAACCCUGAUUUGAUGUCAGUAACUGGAAGGAACAGCUGGUGGGACUCUCCUUUCAGCUCUCAGCAUUCACCAUGAAUCUCAAGGUAGUCCUCGUGUUCCUGGCACUGUCUCUCAUCACCAUCUUUGCCCUGGCCUAUGUCUUGCUGACCAGCCGUGGUGGCUCCAACCUGCCUCCCCGCUGCCCCUCUGUACCCCCCCGUGCCCAGCCCUGGACACACCCUGGCCAGAGCCAGCUGUUUGCAGACCUGAGCCGAGAAGAGCUGACAGCUGUGAUGAGCUUCCUGACCCAGAAGCUGGGGCCAGACCUGGUGGAUGCAGCCCAGGCCCAACCCUCAGACAACUGCAUCUUCUCGGUAGAGCUGCAGCUGCCCCCCAAGGCUGCAGCCCUGGCCCACCUGGACAGGGGGAGCCCCCCACCUGCCCGGGAGGCACUGGCCAUCGUCUUCUUUGGCGGACAACCCCAGCCCAAUGUGACUGAGCUGGUGGUGGGGCCGCUGCCCCAGCCCUCCUACAUGCGGGAUGUGACCGUGGAGCGUUAUGGGGGUCCCCUGCCCUAUCACCGACGCCCCAUGCUGUCAACCGAGUCUGCCCAGAUGUGGACGCAUCUGAAAGAGGUGGAGUUCCCCAAGGCCCCAGUCUUCCUGGCUUCUGUCUUCAACUACAAUGGCUCCACUUUGGCGGCUCUGCAUGCCACCCCUCGUGGCUUGCGCUCAGGGGACCGUGCUACCUGGAUAGCCCUCUACCAUAACAUCUCAGGUGUCGGGAUUUUUCUUCACCCCGUGGGGCUCGAGCUACUGCUGGACCAUAGGGCCCUGGACCCUGCCCAUUGGGCUGUCCAGCAGGUUUUCUACCUUGGGCACUACUAUGCAGACUUGGGUCAGUUGGAAUGGGAGUUUAAGGCUGGCCGGCUGGACGUGGUUAGAGUUCCUCUACCCCUGCCAGAUGGGGCCUCUUCCCUCCGCUCCCGGGUCUCCCCAGGCCCUCUCCCCCCUCUUGAGUUCUCACCUCAGGGCUCCCGGUACAGCGUCCAAGGGCACCUGGUGGAGUCUUUCCUCUGGACAUUUACCUUUGGCCAUGGGGCGUUCAGUGGCAUGAGAAUUUUUGAUGUUCGGUUCAAGGGUGAGCGAGUGGCCUAUGAAGUCAGUGUCCAGGAGUGUGUGUCUAUCUAUGGCGCUGAUUCACCCAAGACCAUGAUGACCCGAUACCUUGAUAGCAGCUAUGGACUUGGCCGGCACAGCCGAGGCUUGGUGCGGGGAGUAGAUUGCCCCUAUCAGUCUACCAUGGUGGACACCCACGUGUUGGUGGGUCAAGGGGCAGUCCAGCUGCUCCCGGGGGCUGUGUGUGUAUUUGAGGAGGCCCAGGGACUACCCCUCCGAAGGCACCACAAUCAGCUUCAGAGUCAUUUCUAUGGUGGUUUGGCCGGCUCUGCCCUCGUAGUCAGGUCUGUGUCCUCUGUAGGCAACUAUGACUACAUUUGGGACUUUGUAUUGCACCCAAAUGGGGCACUCGAAGGGCGGGUCCAUGCCACGGGCUACAUCAACACAGCUUUCCUGAGCGGGGGAGAGGAAAGCCUCCUCUUUGGGAACCGCGUGGGGGAGCGAGUGCUGGGGGCGGUGCACACACAUGCCUUCCACUUCAAGCUGGACCUGGAUGUGGCAGGGCUGAAAAACUGGGUGGUAGCUGAAGACGUGGUGUUUAAACCCGUGGCAGCCCCUUGGAGUCCGGAGCACCAACUGCAGCGCCCACAGCUGACUCGGCAGGUCCUGGGAAGGGAGGACCUGACGGCUUUUUUCUUGGGGAGCCCCCUUCCCCGCUACCUUUACUUGGCUAGCAACCAGACUAAUGCCUGGGGUCAUCAGCGCGGGUACCGAAUCCAGAUCCACAGCCCUCUUGGCAUACACAUGCCGCUGGACAGCACCAUGGAGAGGGCCCUCAGCUGGGGGAGAUACCAGCUUGUGGUGACCCGGAGGAAGGAGGAGGAGUCCCAGAGCAGCAGCAUCUAUUACCAGAAUGACAUCUGGACAGCCACUGCGGCCUUUGCUGACUUCAUCAACAAUGAGACCCUCUUAGGAGAGGACCUGGUGGCUUGGGUUACAGCCAGCUUCCUGCACAUCCCCCACGCUGAGGAUGUCCCCAACACAGUGACUCUGGGGAACAGAGUUGGCUUCUUGCUCCGACCCUAUAACUUCUUUGACGAGGACCCCUCCAUCUUCUCCCCUGGCAGUGUCUACUUUGAGAGAGGCCAGGAUGCUGGGUUCUGCAGUGUGAAUCAUGUGGCCUGCAUUCCCCACCUGGCAGCCUGUGUCCCGGACCUGCCGCCUUUCUCUUACCAAGACUUGUAGCCCUGAGUGUGCGGAAGGACAUGGGUAGGGCAGGGUGGUGGUGGUGCUAAGACCUGUACCUUCCUUCCUAUUUCCACUUCCUGCUCUCCUGACACUCGACCCUUGGGAAAUAGCCUCCUACCACAGAAACCCCCAUAUACCCUGUUGGUAAACUCCUGUUUCCAGUUCAUUGUCUUAAAAAUGAUGAAUUUAUACAAAUGAUGCUGUUGUUAAAAUAUUCAGGCAAAAAACAUCACAAAUCCUACCACUCAGAAAUAGCUGGUAUUCACAUUUGGUGAAUGUUAUACCAGACAUUUCUUUAUGCAUGUGCAUUGAAAUGGAAAAAUAGAAUUUUUUAAAAACCUCAUGGUGUGUGUAAUUUAUA